GCCUCGCUUACUUCUGAGUAUAAGUAUUGUCGUCGGUUCAAUCACCUUUCGUUCAACCACCAGUAAUUUCAACCGACCCUGCCUCUACUAUCUCGAUGGACGAUCAACACCUCCUUCCCCUUCUCGCUUGCGGCGACUCGAAGCGCGCAAACUUGGACAAGGUUUCGAUCCUUGAUCUGCCAGCCGAACUUCGCAAUCAGAUAUACGGCUACUUAUUCGAGUUUUAUGUCCCAAUCUGUAUAUAUCACGAGGCAUGUCGUUUGGAUCCAAUUGGUCGGCUGCAAAUGCGUCUCGACUCCGGCGUACGGAUUCCUGUAGCUUUCUUUGCAUCGUGUCGAACAGGGCAUCGUGAAGCAGUUUCUGCCUCUUACUCUGGCAAUACUUUCGCUAUAGGACUCGACCGUAGCAGUACCUACCCCGUACCAUUCAACCAUGGUAAUACCUUUUCUAUGGGAUGCAACAGCUACUGUUCUCCAAGUACCGCAGCCUUACAUCGCGUUCCCAUCGAAUUGCCUGGCGCUCUCUUCGCACGUCUUGGUACACAAGCGUGCUGGCUAAAGAAAAUUGUGCUUGACCUCGCAGAUCUUCAGAACGCAAGCUUUUACAAAGGUAGUGCGCUAGGGUCGCAUAUCUAGAAUGUUGCUGAUGACAGUCGGCUUGCACUAUUCAAGAUUACUCCU